AUGGCCAAAUGCAUCCUCUCGUCGGUGCUGCUUGCGGUUUUGCUCCUCCUAGCUGCGUCGUUGUCUAGUGCCAGGCUCUUCAACGGCGUCGGCCUCGCCGCCACUGAACCCGCCACCGUCGCCCUCGCGCUCCCGAGCGACACCGGCGUCGGUGCGGUUAACAAGGUGACGGCCAGCCGGGUUCGGUCGACAAAGUUGAGGAUUCGUGCGGUGGCUCUGCCGAGACGGACGGGGAAAUAUGGGCCGCUGGUUCUCAACAUGCUCCCCAAGGGGACCGUUCCGCCGUCAGGGCCAAACCCACAAAUCCACAACGUCAACAACUAG